AUGACGGCUGGGAAAAUCGGAGGGGGCUUCUUGCUGUGUGUUGUCGCUUUGCUUCACGCUGGCGCACCCUUAAAAGAUGCAUGUAAAUGGGAGCCGAGCUGGCAUUUACCUUCGUGGUGCACGGAGUGUUACCAGGCCGGUUGUCGUGUUGUGAUGCAUCCUGUGGAAUGCGGCACUUUCCUUCGUGGACUGGUGGAUGAGGUCACAGAAACGCCAAAAGACUUUCAAAACCCUCAAGGCACGACAGAUCUAGAUGCUUCGAAAGAAGAGAAUGCCAUCAGCACCGAGAAAGGAAUUCUUGACGGUCUCACCGCCAGCGGCUUCGCGGAGAAACUGAAGGCCUUUCCAGGCUUGGGGGAGCACGGUGCAACUCUGCUUCAACUCGCAGAGGAGGGCCUUGGUUUUCACGCAAACAAGGGGGAGCUAUCGAAGAUGGUCCCGAUGAUUUUGGAACUUCAGAAGAACGUCCAUGAACACUACAUGGUUACCAAGGGAAAUAAGUAUCAACCGUCAUCUCUCUGGAAGAGAGUUGUUGGGCGGAAGUCUCAGGGGAAAGUCAUUCGGUCCAUGAAGCAGUUCGCGCCCGACACGGAUGAUGGAGAGCUUAUUCAGCAGCUCGAUGUCGUGACGCAGCUGCUUCACGAACUGCACACGAACCCUCAAAGCGAUAUGCAGGACGUCCUGCACACAAUCUCCAGGGCGAUGGGUUAUGAAUUAGAAGCCGAAGACCUCAAGGAUCUAAAUACCCCCGUGCAGUGGGUCCAUGAUCUGAUGAAGAAGAUUAUGCCCCUCUUGCCGUCGGUACUGGGAGGGCAGAAGGCGGAGGAGCUGUAA